AUGUCACCGACUUUACUUGACCAAAGAAGACAUGAUGUCACCGUAUCCGAGCACUUGUUUAAUCUGCAAAGCAACUAUCUCAAGGCUCGCAAAGAAACCGAAAACUAUGUUCAAGUUUAUUCCCGCUGGAAUAUGCCUGCUGCUGCUGCUCUACUCGAAUCGGAAGGUAUCACCGUUAAUGACAGACCAACCGAAAGUCAUGGCCACGGUGCUUCUAAAACCAUUGAAGAGUAUAUCAAUGUCGUUGUUAUUCGCCUUUUGUUCACCGAGAACUUUACCGUAUUUGGCAACCUGACGCCGGACACUAUCUUAACCCUUUCGAUAUCUAUACCAUAUUCCGAGACAGCCCCACCCGAACUCUUGGACGAUCAGCCUCCACUAUUCCCAUCCUUAUACACAUUCAAACAGCUUAACGCCCAAGAUUUUGAAUUCUACCCCGACGGAAAUGUAAAUGGAAU